AUAGCUCACUUGGUGAAACAUUCUUAUCAGUUCAUGAUUGUAUAUAUACGUUAGUUGGAUCGCAUUUACAUUCGCUGUGAUCUCCUUGUUUCGUGUUUUUGUAUAUAUAACGGACGCCUUUAGGGUGACCAUAAUAUUAUGAAAAAGUUGUUUAAAAACAAAACGUUUCAUAGUUAGAAAUAUCCUUGUACUGCUGAGUAUUUCGGUGGUUUUGAACAUUUAACAGAAUUGUGUACAGUUUUCUUAGGAUAAGUACAAUCAGUAUGAAGAUGUAUCUUUGUUCAAGUACCUUCAUUGUAUUCAUUUUAGGUAUUUCUUUUAUUGGAGCUGAAAAAUCUCCAACAUUUAGUAAUACUUAUACAGUGAAAGGAACUUUGUAUAUUCCAUACGCUGAAAUUAAUGAACCAUUUUAUGCAUGGUAUGAUGGCCCAAGUGGAUCUAGUAGAAUUGAUUAUUAUGGAGGAAUGGUCAAGACUUUUCAAUUAUCACGUAAAGGAUCAUAUGGACAAAGUAUCAAAAUUGCACCGAUUACUACAGAAACAGCUAUGAAUGAGGAAACGUGUCUUGAAAUAAAUGGCACUAUGGAAGUUAAAAUUCAACCUCAAACUAUUAUUCCUGAUACAACCGGAAUGGAGUGUAUUGGGUCAGAGAUGGUGAAUGGAGUAGAAUGUGAAAAGUGGAGGCUGGUGCAAGAAAUUGGAGAGAAAAAGAACAAGUACACACUUUGGAUACGAUAUAAGAAAUCACCACGUAUACCAGGGCUAAAAGAACCAAUUCCUGUAAAAUAUGAAAUGAGAGGAUUUAAUAGUCUCUUGGGGUCUCAUUAUGAUCAUUAUUAUCUGGAUUAUGAUUGGUAUACUUCUGAGAAGCCUAGUUCUGAAGUAUUUGAAAUUACAGGAAAUUUAACAUGUGUUAGUUUUCCUGGACCUGGAGAUAAGCAUAUAUAUACAUUCAAUCCUAUGCGCGAAUUUGUUCACAAUCAUGAUGCUCAUGUAAAUGAAGCUUUUGAAGAUUUUAAAAAAGUCCAUAAGAAGGAAUAUGCAAAUCAGGUUGAACAUACUACGCGUAAAGAAGUAUUCAGACAAAAUUUAAGAUAUAUUCAUUCAUUGAACCGUGCAAAUAAAGGUUACCAAUUAGAUAUUAAUUAUUUGGUAGACCGUACUGAUUUAGAAUUGAAGGCUUUACGCGGUAAACAGUAUACUAAAGGCUAUAACGGAGGGCAGCCUUUCCCAUACAAUGUUGAAAGAGAACAAGAAGAUAUUCCAGAUUCUAUAGAUUGGAGACUGUAUGGUGCUGUUACUCCAGUUAAGGAUCAAUCUGUUUGCGGUUCCUGCUGGAGUUUUGGUACAACUGGUGCCGUUGAAGGUGCAUAUUAUAUGAAGUACGGUAAAUUAGUACGUCUGUCUCAACAGGCUCUUAUUGAUUGUUCAUGGGGUUUUGGAAACAAUGGUUGUGACGGUGGUGAAGAUUUUAGAUCGUAUCAAUGGAUUAUGAAACAUGGGGGUUUGCCAACUGAAGAGGAUUAUGGUGGUUAUCUUGGACAGGAUGGUUAUUGUCACAUAAAUAAUGUUACAAUGACAGCCAAAAUCAAUGGUUUUGUAAAUGUUACACAAAACGAUCCUCGUGCAUUGAAACUUGCUAUUGCAAAACAUGGUCCUAUCUCAGUAGCAAUCGACGCUUCUCAUAAAACUUUUGCAUUCUAUUCUCAUGGUGUAUACUAUGAUUCAACUUGUGGCAAUACACUGGAGUCAUUAGACCAUGCUGUCUUGGCUGUCGGUUAUGGCAAACUAAAUGGAAAAGAUUAUUGGUUAAUUAAGAAUUCGUGGUCUAAUUAUUGGGGAAAUGAUGGCUACAUUCUUAUGUCUCAGGAAAAUAAUAAUUGCGGAGUAAUGACAGCUGCAACAUAUGUUACUAUGUAAAAAAAAUAAAUGAAAUUUUCUAAUUUGAUGUUGUAUAAUAUCUACAUGAACAAGAAGAGGCUUUUGACAGGUUGAAGUGAUAUAUGUAAAAAAGAAUUAUGUUUUAUAUAGUACUUACGGUUGUAUACAAAAAUAAAAUGUAAACAAAGAAAAGUUACAAAUAAAAUAAUUGUUUAAAUAA